GAAUUGCAUUAUCGUUUUCGUAGCAGACGGAGCGUCGUCGGUGCGUUGUGUGUUUGCUGUGUUUUUGUCCCGGUUGUGGCCCGUACGAUCAACAAUUUCCUGUGCAUAAAUGGUUCCUUUUAGAAGCAGUGGAAGUUUUUAACUGUUCCCAAUACAAGUACAACACAUCCGUGUCGGUGGUAUGGCGCGGGCAGACAUGUACCUUGCGCUCUGUUUGCUGGACGCGAUUGAAGAUGCAAACAUUGAAGCUUUGCAACUCCUGCUCGAUAAACACCGUGCCAAUCCGAACACGAUCGUGCUGGAGAAAGACGUCGCGCCGAUGCAUCUGGUGAUUGGAGCGGACGAUGAAGCGUUUGCACUGAGGGCCACCUCGCUGAUGCUCCAGCGUGGCGGCGGUAACGCCAAUCUGCCCACGGUGGAACAAAUGCUAACGCCGCUUCAUGUGGCCGCCAAUCUCGGGCGUGUAGCAAUCGUGCGGUUGCUGUUGAAAGCGGGCGGUAAUGUGGAGCUGCAGGACGAGGAAGGCCGUACGCCGAUCCAGCACGCCAUCGAUGGGGAUCACUUUGAGGUGGUACAGGUGAUACAGAACCAUGUGUUUGAGCAAAAGAUCGAACGGAAACGCAAACAGCUGCUGCUGCUCGAACAGCAACGCCAGCAGGAACAACAAACCGUGCUCUCCCCUAACAUGCUGUACAAAAAGUGUGUGACUGGGUUUCUUCCGAUGACGGCUUCAACUAGGCUUCAUGCAACAAGCGCACUGAGUGCGCUACAAGUGCUUGAGGAGCGUAAGCUCACCCCGAACAAGAUACACUACAAUUUCGAUGCCACCAGCCCGUACUACGUGAAUAUAACGCACCGACGGAAGGAACGCUUCAAGACACUCUUUCCGGAGGAGAAAACCCGCUCGAAUGUGGAAAACAUUUCCCCCGAGGACGUCAGUGCAGAGGACGGGUACGGCGAAUCAUACAACACACUAAACGAACAGGCAGAAGACACGCCAGAAGUUCCCAGCAGAACGAACCUGUUCGAGCUAACCGAGCGUAAUUUGAAAAAUUUCACACGAGACAGUGAGCCAACGGGCAGAAGAACGUCCUUCAUCGAAUGCUGGCGUGAAAAGAUCGCGGAAAUGAGGGACAGAAGCCGAGUUAGCCGUCGGUUGGACGAUAUCGAUAGGAUACUGAACAGCUUCUCGGAGAAUCUGGCCGUCAAAUCGUUCAUGGAUGAGGUUGAGGAAACGUUCGUGACUGCUGUGGACGAAGAACAGGCGGAGGAGGCGACGGGCGAUGAAACCACUGUCGUUUCGGAAAAGCAAGCAAAGGCACUGGAGAUGGCAGAACAGGAAACUGUUGUGGGAAGUGCAUCUGAAGACGAACAAGAACCAUCGCUCCGAGAACCACCGGAAGACCAAAGAAAGGAAGAAAGCGAACGGGAGGAACCGGUUAUCAUACAAAUCAGUGAGGAAUACAUCCACACGGACGAUGAGGCCGGUGUGGUGUUUCGGGAGAAGAAAAUGACCACCGCUCGGACGGUUCCAGCGAUUCAAGUGACCUCCGAUAGAGGUGAGCCUAUCGUUUACGCCAACAAACGACAGCUGAAAGGAGCGCCAUCGGCGGCAGACAAAAAUGCUUCAUUAACUAGCCUUUCGACAGUGCUCACGUUGCCUCCGCUGGAUUACGAUACGGAUGCGCUGCGAGCAGAGCUAACCACGUUCGGUGAACCACCCGGACCGAUUACGAAAAGCACCAAAAAAUUGUACUUAAGAAAGCUCGUCAAAUUCCGCCGCCACCCGGAACGACGGUUGGCCAACGCGAUCGAUUCGAAAGCAAACCCUCAGCCGAACUAUUCCGUCGAGUUGAUGGCAACGGUGCGCAAGCAGGACGUGUUUGAGAGGAUUGUCGAGCAGCAGUGUCUGGAGCAGGAGAUGGCGUCCGAAUUUCAAUCGAGCACAGCUAAGGCGGUCCGCAACUUUCGCGAGGGACACCUGAAGAAGAGCUUCAUCUAUCUGCUGCUCGAUCCACGCGCUAGCGACAACCUUCCAGCCCAGCAGAACCAUCUCGAGCCGCACGAGCUGUGGCAACGCUUUUUAAAUUCAGUAUUUUACGUCGGCAAGGGAAAAAGCAGCCGGCCCUACUGCCAUCUGUACGAUGCGAUGAAGCUUUACCACCAGAAGAAGGAAUGCCGGGCGGAAAGGAGCCAAGCUGUGCCGCCACCGCCGCCCGGGGGCAAUUUAACGGUAGAAGCGGAAGAAAUUGUGUUUCAAUGUAGCGAGGAAAGUAUGGCGGUGGGGACGAAUCUGCGGCGAUUUUGUCAGGCCGGAAAGAUACGCAAACAAAUGUCGGUGGACAGCGAGAAGCUAAACCGUAUCAUCGAUAUCUGGUGCGCCGGCAAGGGUGUCGUGUGUUUGCACGUCUUCCACAACAUUAUGCCGGCGGAAGCGUAUACGCGCGAGGCAGCCAUUAUCGACGCGUUCGGGGUGCAGAAUCUGACCAAUCUGAAGCGUGGCGAUUACUACGCCAAAUGCCUGUCGUGGCCGAUGAAGAAGCGCAAGCAGCUAGGCAUACUGUUGCUGUACAAGGCGAUGCUAAUGCAUCUGGCCGAAGGUGAAACGCAACUACUGCCCAGUGAUCUGAUUUGAGGCGUACAUUUUUUGUUGUGAUAGAAGAAACCAUUUACAAUUUUGCUUGCUCUUGCCCCACCCAUAUCUUGUUCCUUUGUCAAUAAAGUAAUCUGUUUUUAUAUUGAAAAAGAGUGAACCUUCUAAAUGGAAAAGAACACCACACUAAAGCUGCUUUAGCUACACAAGACCAAUGUACCUAAGCGUUAUUAGUCUCCAAGAAGCUUUGUUUGAAAGAAAACACUCAACAAGUCGGCGUUCGAAAAAGAUAACGCCUACAGACCACCAAAAAGCGCGCCAAUAUGUCCAAAAGUGCCGCCCGAAAAUGAUUUCUUUCCCCCAGGGCUUCUUCUUUCACCUGCGUACUACGCACUGUCUGCGCACACGCACCUUCACACCCGGGGAUUCGCACCAAAACAAAUAAAUCUAGCCAAGCGAAACGGAGAAAGAUUGCGCCAAAAAAAAAAAAAAAAAAA